GGGGGGAAGUGAAUGGUUUUACCCAGAGGGCCCUGCGCUGCCUUUCUCCGCUGGCACCGGCGAGGCUGCCAGCUCCUCGCCGGCCAUGGCGUUCACGUUCGCGGCCUUCUGCUACAUGCUGGCGCUGCUGCUCACCGCCGCGCUCAUCUUCUUCGCCAUUUGGCACAUUAUAGCGUUUGAUGAGCUGAAGACUGAUUACAAGAAUCCUAUAGACCAGUGUAAUACAUUGAACCCUACAGUUGAAAAGGUCAAAAAGAUUAAAAGAGUCAAAAUUGCACUAAAGCUUGUACUUCCAGAGUACCUCAUCCAUGCUUUCUUCUGUGUCAUGUUUCUUUGUGCAGCAGAGUGGCUUACACUGGGGCUCAAUAUGCCCCUUUUGGCAUAUCAUAUUUGGAGGUACAUGAGUAGACCGGUGAUGAGUGGACCUGGGCUGUACGACCCGACAACCAUCAUGAAUGCAGACAUUCUAGCUUACUGUCAGAAAGAAGGAUGGUGCAAAUUAGCGUUUUACCUUCUAGCAUUUUUUUACUACCUAUAUGGCAUGAUCUAUGUUUUGGUGAGCUCUUAGAACAACACAGAAGAACUGGUCCAGUUAGGUGCAUGCAAAAGGCCACCAAAUGAAGGGAUUGUAUCCGGCAAGAGAUCCUGUUUCCAAGAGUAGCCUAUGGAACCUGAUCAGUUACUUUAAAAAAUGACUUCUUAUUUUUUAAAUGUUUCCACAUUUUUUGCUUGUGGAAAGACUGUUUUCAUAUGUUAUACUUGGAUAAGGAAUUUUAAGUGGAAUUCCGUAUAAAUUAAUAUAAAAUGAUUACCUCUGGUGUUGACAGGUUUGAACUUGCACUCUUCAAGGAACAGCCAUAAUCCUCAGAAUGAUCGCACUAAUUACUGACUAGUCCAUUGGGAGCUAUGUUUAUAGGAAUUUGUAGGACCCAUUUUGGAUUUAUGGAAAUGCCAUCCAAUUAUAAAUUAGCUGUAGAUAUCAGGUGCUUAUGGUGAACCGAAAAUGUAUAUCUGGUUUGUGGGAAACAUAGGUUUCCUCAUUUAUCAUGUAGAUGAUUAUAUAUGGAUACAUUUACAAAAACCUCCAAGAGUGGGAUUUUCCCCCCUUUGACUUGAUUAUUAUCCCUGUAUAUUGCAUGAAUGAGAAAUCUCCCAUAUUUUCAUCAGAGUAAUACUUGCUUUAAUUCUGAAGCAUAAAUGAACAUGAUACAAAAAUAUGUGAAUUACUUGUGAAAAAUACAUUUAAAGCUUUUUAAAUGUGUUUUAUUUGUAAGACAUUUACUUGCUAAGAAAUUGGUUAUGCUUACUGUUCUAAUCUGGUGGCAAAGGUAUUCUUAAGAAUUUGCAAGUCCUUUAGGUUUUCAAAACUGAAUUGAGAAUUGUAUACCAACCACCUGCUGUUCCUUUAGUGCAAUAAAAUAAAGCUCUGAACCAAGA